AUGCAAACUGGUUCCCUGUUAGGUCAUACGACCUCGCUUCCGUCGACUUCUAACGCGGAUCCAAGUUGUGCAUACUCACCCCCGAAAGAAGAGCUCAAAACUCAUUUUAUAACCCGCGAAGGUGUUUACCGCAUCAUGACGCUAGCCGAAUAUUCAAAGCCGAUGCGCGGACCUGGAAAUCCUGUAGCCGCGCAGGCGACCGGAACUAUCGGAGCUGCAGCGAAUCUUGGGGCUGGCGCCCCAGUCAGGGUGUCAUUUUUGGUCGUGCCGAAUUGUUCAAAUGCUGCGGGUACGCCCUCAUUGCCGACGGGUUUGGAAAAUGGUGGCGGAGACGGUAGUCGAAGUCAAGAUAAUUUUGAGCACGACAUCCUCGCUAAUUGUGAUCGAAUUUGCUUUAAUAUUGGCCGUGAAUUAUACGUCUAUUAUUACAGAGGCACCGAAUGCGCCUCCGAUUUAUCGAAACCCAUCGACAAACGUGUUUACAAGGGCACAUUCCCAACAUCCCAUCAAUUCAACGCCGAGACCGCCACAUCGACGAGCUGCAAUUUAAUCAUCGGUUUCUCGGCAGGGCAGAUACAGCUGAUUGAUCCUUUUCAAAAGGAAUAUGCUGUCAGUCGGCUUUAUAACGAGGAGCGGAUUAUUGAUAAAACGGCAGUUACUUGUUUGAAAUGGGUGCCAGGCCAACCCACCCAUUUUCUCGUCGCCCACACGAGCGGUUGUAUGUAUUUGUAUAACGAAGAAUUACAAUGCCCCCAGACUCCGCCCAGCUAUCAGGUCUUUAAACAGGGCGAUCGUUUUACCAUAUUUACGUGCAAGGCAAAAUCGUCAAAGAAUCCGGUUUUCAAAUGGCAAAUCGGACAGGGUUCAAUCACGCAAUUUGCCUUUAGCCAUGAUGGUCAGAUGCUGGGUGUUGUUGGACAUGAUGGCUACUUACGGGUAUUCAAUUACCAUCACAUGGAAUUGAUUUGUGUGAUGAAAUCGUAUUUCGGCGGUCUGCUAUGCCUGAGCUGGAGUCCGGAUAACAAAUUGAUAGCCACUGGUGGUGAAGAUGAUUUGUUAACGGUGUAUAGUGUUGCCGAGAAGCGAGUGAUCUGUCGUGGCCAAGGGCAUAAGAGCUGGGUCAGCCAGGUUGCAUUCGACCCAUACACUUCCGUUAUCGAAGACGAGUCCUACCUCCCUGGUCAAACAAGCCCCGCCGAAUUGGAAGAUGAUGCUGCCGCCCUCUCAACCUCAAUGCCAAGGCCAGCCCCCGUGGGCCAACAAUCAUUUUCUCGACUGUCCUUUGCCUCAUUUGGUACUUCGAUUGGUGGAGGUGUCUCCGGACCACAGCCAAUGCCCCAAAUCGGAACAUUCUAUCGAAUCGGCAGUGUCGGCCAUGAUACGCAGCUCUGUUUAUGGGAUAUUACCGAUGAGGUGUUGAAGUCAAACUACACGGUACAACGACAUCGAAAUUCUACCGUUAUCGCACCAACUACCACCGAUUCAUCUACCGCAAAAUCCGAUAAAAUGAGCGAUUCUGGGAACAAUACAGCUCCAAAGGAAAAGAAAAAGAAUCGCUUACACCGACGUGGCCUGAGUAUCGCUGCAAAAUUAACUGGCAGCGGUGGAGAUAGAUGGUUAAGGAACCGGGAGGCGAAUGUCAACCCGGCGAAGGCACAAGCCAUCGAAGAAGCUCGAUUGUUGGGCACAAAAUGCUGCCCAAGACUUGAAGAGGUGCCGAUGAUCGAGCCGCUCGUGUGCAAGAAAAUUUCCCAUGAAAGGCUUACGGUGCUCGAAUUCCGACGGGAUUGUUUGGUGACGGCGUGCCAGGAAGGGUUUAUAUGCACUUGGGCACGGCCUGGGAAGGGCUCAAUAUCGCUCGUCAAGCGCGAAGGCAGCUCCCCAGCAAACGUGCCAACAAUCCCCGCUCCGAUCCCCCAUGAGCCACUCUCAAACGGCUACGGUGUAGGCACCCAGCAACCCUAUUACACUUCGGCAUAUUGGCGAGGGGAUACCUCCAUUAAA